AUGACCGGGUAUGAAGAACAGACGGUCGCAGAUUUGCGAAAAGAGCUUGAGAAACGUGAGAUUCCGAGCACGGGUCUCAAUCGAAAGCAACAAAUCAUAGAAAAACUGGAGGAGGAUGAUGCUCAGAAGAGACAAAAGAAGUCCAAGAUUGGAGAUGAUAAAGAUGAAGUGAGAGGCGAAAAAUCGACUGGCAGCUCUGGAAGCAAAGACGACCAACAGAGCGUUCCUAGCAAGCGACCAGCUGAAGACGUCGAAUCUAAAGAUGUCAAGAAGACAAAAAUAGAGAGCUCCGAAGACAAGCCAAAGGAAGGAAAGCCCAGACUCACCACUCCUGACAUUGAAUUCGACUACGACCGGUCCAAAUUGCGUGACCCUCGUCUUACACCCGGUCGAGUAAGGCGACCACAAUACACAGAUAUGGAAUUCCCGGAAGAUCUGAAGAAGAAAUUUGAGACCGAAUACGAGAUUCCAAAGCCUGAGAAGCCUCCAGGGCGCCUCAAUGCCUUUCAAAAGAAUGCCCUCUACUGCGAGGAAGCGAAGAUGAACCCGUUGGCUUUCUCUCAUGACAAACAGAUCAUGGAAGGAAAGGGGCCUGAUGGCUCGCCGACAUACGACCAAGCCGGCUUCGAGAUUGACUAUGAGAAAUAA